ACUAAAGUCUCCUCUCUUCCAUUCCUCUGCAAUCUGUUUGUGCUCGUGCUCGUUUGUUAAUGUGUAAUUAGGUGAGAAGCAUGAAAUUCGGAAAGCGUUUGAAACGCCAAAUCGAGGAGACUCUACCGGAAUGGCGAGACAAGUUCCUGGACUACAAGGAGCUGAAGAAGCUCAUCCGUCUCAUCUCUUCAGCUUCUCCCUCCCAAAUGGCAGAAGCUGAAUUCAUUUACUUGCUGAAUGCUGAGAUCAACAAGUUCAAUGCCUUCUUCAUGGAGCAAGAAGAAGACUUCAUCAUACGCCAGAAAGAGUUACAAGAGAGGAUUCAGAGCGUGGUGGCUACCUUGGGGCCCACCAGCAUUAGGCCAUUGGAUGCAGAUUAUAGAGAGGAGAUGCGAAAGAUCAGAAAAGACAUUGUCAAUUUCCAUGGAGAAAUGGUGCUCCUCGAGAACUACAGUAACAUCAACUAUACAGGGCUGGUUAAGAUCUUGAAGAAGUACGACAAGCGGACUGGAGCUCUGCUGCGUCUGCCAUUCAUCAAGACAGUGCUGCAGCAGCCAUUCUUCACAACAGACCUUGUUUCGAAGCUGGUGAAGGAAUGCGAGCGCACCAUGGAAUUGGUGUUCCCAAUCACGGAGGAAGGGGAAAGAAGAGAAGAGGAGAAGGAAAGGACAACAGUGGUAGCUGAACAGAGCAUUUUCAGAAAUACAGUGGCUGCUCUGGUGACAAUGAAAGAGAUGAGGAGGGGAAGUUCCACUUACAGCCCCCUCUCCCUCCCUCCUUUAAACCUGCCAGACUCUGAUCUCUUCCAACUUCACUCGCCUGUUCCCAUUGUCUGAAUCAAAUUACACACACAAACAGCUCCACGUCUUCUGCGAUUGUAAUCCUUCACUAAAGAGAAUACGAUACACAAUGGCCAGCAUAUUUUUUAUACAUUUAGAAGAGUUGAUGAACAAGUGCUACCACAACAGAUUAGAAGUCUAGACGUGCGCAUCACAUCCACAGUAAUUGUGCAAUAUACUUGUGCCAUCCAUAUUCUCCAAACCAUGGGGCCCAUUUUUAGCUUAGCAUGGGUCAAAAAUGGGACUGAUUUGAAGAUCCUAACUGUCCAAUUCCACCUUUGAUUGGAUGGUGACCAACUGAACCAAGAGGUCGAAUUUACAAGCAAUGCUCUCCAACCACAAUGGACUAACAAUUUGGGUGGUUCACAUUCUCAUAUGGUUCUCAAUUUGGGUGGAUCACAAUGACCCGGGUGGUUGGAGACACUUCUUCAUAUGGGCCUUUUCUCUCAUACUCUGACAUCCACUGCAGAGAAUUACUAGAGUUUAGCUUCUUGUGUUUAAAGAAGGAAGCAAAUUUCCCAAGUUGUUGAAGAAAGCUGGUGUGCCUUUAUGUUUAAUUGGUAUCUUUCUGCAUGGUUUCGUGUAGCCAGGCCAUACUUUGUAAUCCAAGGAGAAUACAAAUACAAGAAAGGCUUCUAAGAUAAGUGAAUCAA